AUGGCCGACAGACCUCAACAACCCGUGCGCGUAGCCCGCGAACGCAAAUCCUCGCCUGUCAAAAUCGGAUACCUCGUUCUUUACAAUGCCGUCUCGACCAUUCUCUGGGCUACCAUCUUAGGACGCGUGUUGUUGGUCGCAAAUGUGCAUGGCACGAAGAUGGUUUUCCCUGCUGUGGGCGAGUUUGCAAAGUGGACUCAGACGUUGGCGUUGCUGGAGGUUGUGCAUGCUGCUGUUGGCAUCGUCCGCGCACCCCUCUUCACAACCCUCAUGCAAGUCGCCAGCCGUAUUCUCCUCAUCUGGGGCAUCGUCCACCCCUUCCCCAACACUGUCGCCUUUUCUCCCGUCUACAGUUCCAUGCUCAUCGCCUGGUCCGUCACCGAAGUCAUCCGCUACUCCUACUUUGCCAUCAAUCUGUCCACUGGCAGUGUCCCUGGACUUUGGCUGUGGUUGAGAUAUAACACCUUCUUUGUCCUGUAUCCCCUGGGUAUUAGCAGUGAGUGUUGGUUGGUUUGGUUGGCUGCCACUGGACCCGCCAAGCAGUAUACUGGUGUUAGAGAGGGUUUGUUUGCUAUUUUGUUGAUCUAUAUUCCCGGCUCGUACAUUCUGUUCACGCAUAUGAUGGCUCAGCGCCGCAAGGUCAUGCGCGGAAGCCACGCAAAGAUCACUUGA